UUGGUAACGACCCUCCUGACGCGCUGGGAGCUGAAGGGGACGGGGCGGUGUGGGCGGACUGAGACCCCGCUGUGGCGUCAGCUCCCGGCUGGGAAGGAAGAGGCUCGGGCAGGUAUAAGAGAAACUUGUUGAGAAACAAUGGCUAUUCCGUUCUCGAACACCACUCAACGCAUUCCUCCAGGAUUUGCUAAUUUGCUUGAAGGGCUUGCCAGGGAAGUCUUAAGAAACCAGCCUGAAGAUAUACCAACUUUUGCAGCCAAGUAUUUUGAAACUCUCCUUAUUGAAAGAGAAAAAACCGGAUAUGAUCCAAGUGAAUGGGGAGCAAAAUUAGAGGACCGAUUCUACAAUAACUACGCUUUCAAUGAACUGGCACCACCAGGAGAUGGAGCUAAAAAAGAGAAAGAAGAAACUGCUGCAAUGCCAGAGGAAGAAGACAAGAAAGAAAUUGUGGAUAUUCAAGGGACCUUAUCAGAAGAACAAGCUGCUAUAAAAAUUCAGUCCAUUUUCCGAGGAUACAAAUCAAGAAAAGAUGGGAAAAGCUCAAAAGAAGAAGAAGAAGCUGGGAAGGAACCUGAAGAGGCAGCCAAAGAAGCUGUGAAGGAGGAAGUAUCUAGUGAGCCUGAUAAAAAAGAACCUCAGUAAUCAGACUCACCAGUUUUACCAACAGGCUCAUUUUAGAACAGGCGUAAGGCAAAGUCCCAUUGGUCUGCUUAGAAACACCUGUCAAGUUUAUCAAAUAAACCAUACAGUUUAAAGCUGCACCAUGUCAUUCUUGGUGCUCAUCAGCAGAUCAAUAAACUCUCCCUGUUUUCAUGCAGAAAGGUAUUUUGAAGUAAUGGGUAUCUUGUAAUUUGCUUUGGCUUUACUGAGUCUUAAAUUAGUUAAUCAGAUGCAGAUAUAAGAAAAAAAGAUUGCAGCUUGGUUAGGGCUCGUUAUGCAUGAUACCAGACCAUCAGGACUUCUCCGUGAACAUGGUCACAUGCAGGGUUCCAAACAAAGCCUUCCACAAUGUUGAUACCUCAGUAGCUGGACUGGGAAUAUUUCGCGUUUGAUAGAUCUUUAGGUAAAUAUUUGCAUCUGUUGUACAGGUUUUUAAAAUCUUUGUAUCUUUUUUUUUUAAUCUGUGCACUCUGAUCCCGCCAAAUACUACCUUCAUGUACAUCCAAUAGUAUAGAUAACUAAUACUCCCUUUUAAUGCUGCUCCUGCCAUUUCAAUUUGUAACAUACUCAUGCAUUAGUCUUUUUUUUUCCAACAGAGAGAAUGAAAAAUCUGAAGAAAAAAACAUUCACACUUAACCUUUAUAAAUUUUUUGUGCAUAUACUCCAGUAAUGGUCUGCUCAUCCCCAUUUUUGCAAUCUGUAUCCUUUCAUUGGCCUCAUUUUAUAGAUUGCUUCAAAGUCUCUUCAGAUUUUAUUCCCUGGGGACAUUUUAAAGGAAAGUCAAUGUUGCCUAUGAUAUGUGUCUCUGCUUCCUUGGAAGUGCACAGCUUGAUCCUUUGCACAUAUGUUUGAAAAUACAUUUCCUUGGUAUCAGAAGAGCUUAUUUCCCCCACC